GGAGCGACGAUCCUUUUCUGAUUUACACUCCUACAUCAAUUAUUCCAAGUCCCUCAGAGUUGCGAAUGACCGAGUAAAAGUCAGGAGAAGGGAAGAUGCAGAGAAAAGUGUUCAGGAACUCCGUUAUUUUCUGCUGAGGAAACCUAAUGCUCGGGCAAUGGCGAUUGACAUCGAAACAUACGAAAACGACCACAGCAAAAUUCUCGAAUUUGGCUUCGUCAUCACUUCGUUAGCUAGUCCUGAAGGGGACGAGCAAGCAUAUCAUUUUAUCAUUAAAGAAAACCUCCACAUGGUGAACAGGGAUUACAUUUCUGACAACCGAGAUAGGUUCAGUUUUGGCACCUCACAGCGGAUGUCUCUUGCAGAGGCCGCUGGAAAGUUCUCACAGCAUAUCAGGGACGUAGAUGUGUUGGUGACUCACUCGGGCGUACACGAUGAAGAUUACCUUGCCAGGAACGGCAUGUCCUUACAAGGGAAACAAAUGUUCGAUACUCAGCUUCUUGGCUUAGCACUGCUUACUGACGAGGGCAACUUGAACGUGUUUGGCCUGAAGCGCCUUAUGGAUGACCUGGAAAUUUCGUACGACGAGGAUAUUCUCCAUAAUGCUGGAAAUGACGCUCACUACACCAUGAAAGUGUUCUUGGCAUUGUCAAAGAAAAUGUAAGAGAAUUCAAGGAGCGAAGUGAGUUUCAGAACGUAGGCAGUUUUAGACUGAUCAAGAAGGAAAAAAAACAGCAAAGAAUAUAAUUUCAAAUUAUGUAUGUUGCAUGAUCAGAUACAGCACAUUUUCCAUUUCAGUGUUACGCCAAACUUUUUAGCAACAUCGAAGUGAAUUUUCUUCUUCUAUCGCGUUAACCCUUCCUCGGUAAGAACGCGAGGCAGACAUUCUGAAAUUCAGCACACCUUUUAUAAUCACCUCGCGCGAGGCGGAUUAUAACGAUAUAUGGCGCAAUCCUCGACCAAUCAGACCAGGAGAAUCUUUAUAAUCACUUGAGCAAUUAUACUAUAAAAACAGUUGUUAUGUUUCUUAAAGCUUAUGUACUUCAGUAAGAGAAACUGUACACCACUUAUGAUCGCAUUCCUAGAGUUCUCAAUGGGAAGUGCGUUCCGCCAGACCAGAGAAACGGGGGCUAAUCUGAGACCGAUUUCCUUUGUCUCCGGGACAUAAAAAAAGCAGACAACGCGAUAAUAUGGGGCGCAUAGAACAUGCCACGUCAGACUACUAAUUUGUUGAUAACUAAGCGAAUGAUCAGUGUUCAUUGGUAGAAAAAGUAAACAAGAGUUAUCAUUGGUGGGUUAUUUCGGAAGCGGUAAGUAUAUUGGCUGAGGUAAUCAUCCCUUUUUGUUCCAGCUCUGAUUCAAUCGUGAACACCGUGGCUGUUUCAGAGUUGUUUUAAACCCUUAAGUUAUUUUCUUCAGCCAUGGCCAACAGAAACGUAAAAUUACCCGGCGACAGAGGAUAUGGUCGCUAUCACAAGUAUGAAUCUAUUCGUAUUGAGUGGACAAAGUUUUUCGAAGGGAACUCUGAACAAAGGCCAAUCGUAGCAGGUUUCUUCAAGAACUUUCACCGCGAUCAUCUUGGUUUUAAGUUCGUGAUAGCUGAAGAUUUUGAUGGGACAACUCACCCUCUUGUGUCCGCGGAAAAAUACGUCGAAAUCAAAAAAGAAUUGGAAGAGAAAACCGGUCAGACCUUACCGAAAGUGUCCAACACCUCAGAUGUGAAGAUAAAGGAGGAAGGCCGAUCAUUUCCCGAUUUACAAACUUACGUUAAAUAUAUUAAGGCCCUCAAGCCUGAGAACGAUCAAAUAAAAGUCAGGAGGAGGGAAGAUGCAAAGAAAAGUGUCGGUGAACUCCGUACUUUCCUGUCAAGCAAUCCCAAUGCUCGAGCAAUGGCUUUUGACAUAGAAACAUACGAAAACGACCACAGCAAAAUUCUCGAAAUUGGCUUCGUCAUCACUUCCCUGGCCUCUCCUGAAGGGAACGAGGAAACAUAUCAUUUUAUCAUCAAAGAAAACCUCCACAUGGUGAACAGGGAUUACGUUCCUGACAACCGAGAGAAGUUCAGCUUUGGCGACUCGGAGCACAUGUCCCUUGCAGAGGCUACUAAAAAGUUCUCGCAGUAUAUCAGGAACGUAGAUGUGCUGGUGACUCACUCAGGCGGUCACGAUAAGGAAUACCUUGAGAGUAACGGUAUGUCUCUGGAAGGGAAACCAAUGUUCGACACUCAGCUUCUUGGCCUGGCACUGCUGACUGACGAGAACUUCUUGAACGUGUUUGGCCUGAAGCGCCUGAUGGGUGACCUGAAGAUUUCGUAUGACGAGGACAUUCUCCAUAACGCUGGAAAUGACGCUCACUACACUAUGCAAGUGUUCCUGGCAUUGACAAAGAAAGUGUGAUGAGAAGGCCACGAAUGAAAUGAUUUUCAGAUCUUCAGAAAUUUAAAACUGAUCAAGAACAUGCAGCAAAGGACAAAUUUUGUUGAGUUAUGCAGGCUGCAUAACUCAAACAUUUGAACUUAAGCUAAUAGGAUCGGUUACUUAUCUUUACUUCAUUUUUUGUCUUUAAUAUGAUUUCAAUGGCAGUAGUGUUGUAGUCUGAUCGGUCAUUUCAUACGAUAAACAAGAGAGAUUGCUAUAAUCUGAUUGCUAUGAUCUGCUCAAGAGAGGUUGCAAUCGAGUUUUCCUUAUGUGAACACCCUUGAUGCAGGAAAAAGUAGUUUCUAAAGGGAGGUGGUCUAUCAAAGAAGCAUAAACUGAUUGAAAUCAUUGAUUCUUACCCUUUCCUCUGCGAACACGUUUUCCAUAUCUUUCAUAUUAUAGUUCGUCACUCGCUUAAUCGAUGUUAGCUUUUACGAUAAGUACCUUCGUCAACCUCAUUCCCAGGGUCUCAUCUUCCCUCCCUCCCGAAGCGAGAGACCCUGAGAACGAGAUUGCACUUGGGUUCCUUAAUAAAUUAAAUGAAAAAUCGAUUUACAGAUAAAAAAAAACAAAAGCAAUCACACAAUAGGAAAACUUUCUAUCGAUUUUACUCUUUAAAAUAACUCGCCUUGACGAGUACAGCUGAGAAAGACACUGCACUUGACACUGAGCUAAUUAUGUUUUGUUUGGCAAUGUCUCUAACACGUGUAGGUAAAGAGUAUAUCACAUGGGCAUAACUAAUAAAACUG